AUGAUCAGCUUAGGCAUCAGAGAUUCGGGCUUCCAGACCAUCUGCUUUGUCCAAAGACGUUCCGCUGAAGAGAAGCUGGGAGGCUCGAACACCAUCCUGUCUGGGUUGGGCACAAGCGACUUGAAGUGCACGUUCCUUCUUGGCAGGACCAGGUCUCUCCGGGGCGAGAAGGAGCUAUUGAGGAUGGAGGUGGAGCAGCUGAAGAAGGAAGUGAAGAACCCAAGAGCUCCGAUUUCCAAGACGGGAAAGGAAAUCAAGGAUUAUGUGGAGGCCCAAGCAGAAAACGACCCUCUUCUCCAAGGCAUCUCUGAGGACAAAAACCCCUUCAAGGAGAAAGGCACUUGUAUGAUAAACUGAUGGUCCCAGGGCCCCUCGCCCUGACCUCCUGUCCCUCCUCAGCCCCACUCCUCCCCCAGAACCUGUCCUGGGACGCCCAGAGGGUCAGUGAAUUUCCACCUUCUCUCAGCCACAGAAGAGGAAAGAGACAGACCUGCUUCGGGUGGUCCUGGCGCUUUGCUCUCUGUGGGUGGCUUUGGUCAGGGACAAUGUUCUGCAGGCGCCAUCUUCUGGAAAAUGCUGCUCUUGGGGGCAGUUCCUUCAAGGGAACUGUUGUUGGGGAGGACGAGAGGUUCUACCCUGAGCUACUGGGGCUGGAA